AUGAGUGCAAAGCACCAGCCCAGGAAAGGCCUUACACCUCAAGACCUUCAAGGACCCAGCAACUCGAAGGGCGUUGCCGAUGAGCUUCUUGCAAGGAAGGAACACGAACGGGGUCGCAAGCGUAAAGCAGACGAUGAGCAUAUGAAUGGAUCGAGAAAGCGUUCUAGGUCUACCUCAUCGUACUCGUCGAACUCCGUAUCUACUAUUUCGACCAACCUCUCGCGCUCCUUGUCCCCGAAGCUUGCAGGUUUACGCCAUACCGGUCAGAGCCAAGUGUUCUCCAAUCUUGAGGUAGAUCGCAAGCGAAGACGCAGUCGCAGUUCCUCAAUAUCAUACACCUCAGACUCAUCACACGGAAGCCGAAGGAAAGAUCACCCCCAAGGGUUAGGCGGUGAUGGAUAUGAUAGGAAGGGGCCGAUCGAUCGCGACGCUGGUCGACCAUUGGGCCUGGAACGCAGGCAGAGAGAGCAUAGAAUGUCCAGGUCCAUGUCUUACGGUUCACACUCAUCAACAAACAAGAGGCGGAAGAAAUCCUCGCUUAGCGGAACUCGGGGUAAAAGGCGUCGACAUUCAUCCAGGAGCCCUGUGGACCGUGGAAGAGACAGGGACUUGAAUAGCAACAGAGGCAGUCGGCGGACAAGGAGCCCUAGCGAGAGCAGGGAUAGAAGUGAAGUUAUCAGAAACAGGAAGUCCAUGACGCCUGGCCUCCCUGCGAGACAGACUUUGAGGCAGGACACUGUUUCCCAACGGCCAGAUCAUCAUCCAAACGUUGAUGGUCGCCAGAGCUACUCGAACGACAAUGAUCGAUAUGGAAGCAGUGCUCGAGAUCGAAAUGAGAACAUCAGGGGCACCCGGCCACCACCAAACGCCCCUCCUCAGAAAAAAGAAAGGAGCUUGAGCCCCUUCAGUAAAAGAGUUAGACUCACACUAGCGAUGAAUGUGGGGAAUUGA